AUGACGACUGCUCACAGACCAACCUUCGACCCCGCUGUAGGUAAAGAAGCCCAGCGCGGCCCAGCAUACCACCAGCGCCUCCUCCCCGCGCACACCCAGCUGAAAGUCCGCAAACCCGGCCAAGGCGGCUCAGCCGACUCCCAAUCGCGCGACCUGCGCGCCGAACUCCUCGCCGCCGAAGCUGCUCACUUCGCCAAGACGCGCGGCGGGGCACCCGACCAAACCAGCGCCGACGAUGCCGCGCUCGAAGCAGGGAAGAGAGGGGGACUCCUCGAAAGCAGCGCAAUGGAGGGGGUAGAAGACGAUGCCGAAGCGAAGGAAGCGAAGCGGCGGAAGAUCCUAGAGGAGACGCGCGACAUUGACGCUGAUUCAGCUUCUGAAAGCGAGAGCGACAGUGAAGACGAGAGUGAAGACGAGACGGCGGAGUUGCAGCGGGAGUUGGAGAAGAUUAAGAGGGAACGGGCGGAACGGAGGGAGAAGGAGGAGAGGGAGAAGGAGAAGGAGGAGGAGGAGGCGAGGGAGAGGGAUGUGGCGGGGGGGAAUCCGUUGAUGGGCGGGGGGGCGAAGCAGGAUUUUGGGGUUAAGAGGAGGUGGGAUGAUGAUGUGAUUUUUAGGAAUCAGGCGAGGGGGACGGAGGGGAAGGAUAAGAAGGAGUUUGUUAAUGACUUGCUGAGAUCGGAUUUCCAUAAGAGGUUUAUGAGCAAGUAUGUGAGGUGAGCGUGGUAUGGAUUUGGAGGGUGAAAUUGGGAUGGGGAUGAAUGCUGGGUGUCGGAUACAACGCCGAGAAUGGGAGCCGUGGUGGUAUAAUUGAGGCUCAAGGGAAGCGAGCAGUUUUGAUACAAAUAGCAGUGGUGGGAAGAAAUGAGGCUCAAGAGACCCAAGCAAAUGGGCAGCAACACAUCGGCGUUUGGGAUUGGACGGCGAUUAGAGCGGGACAAGACGAAAGAAUUACUACAUAGAGUGACCACGGGAAACUGCGGCGGGAAAUGCAAAGUGCCAGAUACACACACACACACAUCAUCAUAUACCACAUCUGCAUGCAUGGUGCAGAGGCGCGUGGGUAGUGGGCUGGUGCAUGCAGGCGAGCAUUGUGCGGUUCAUCUGAAGUAGCGAUCGGCGGAGAUGGGGGAUGCGGUUAGCAUGGCUGGUUAUGUGGAUGUAUGGAUAUGUGUGGGAUGGAUGGGAUAUGUAGAUGGACGUAUGGAGAAUGGAGGGGAGAUAUGGAUGCAGGCAUAGAUGCGAGUUAUGGAUGCGAGAUGGACAUAGCAGCUGUUCAGGGUUGCGGAUACUACGCUGCUGUAUCUGGUCAGGUCUAUUAGAUGGGGGCCACUAGAGUAGUUAGUAUAGACUACUGUGUCCUACUAUCGUAUGAUAUUGAUUUCCUGGUUCGGGGGUUUGAGCUUGUUUUUUCCCUUGUGG